UAUAAUUUAGGAAUCAUCUUCCAAAUUAAGCGAAGGCCCAGCUAACCCCUCCCUCUUCCCUCCGCCGCCGCCGCCGCCGCCGCCGCCGUUUUCCUCCGUCCACAUCCUUCUUCUCCAAAUUUCGAAAAUAUACAUAUCAUUCUUCUUCUCCAAAAUUUCGAAAUAUCAAAACAUGUUCCAAGGUAUCAACACCAAAAUUCUGAAAUUUGAAGUUUCCACUGAUGAUUCAGUUAUUAUGUAAACGGGGAUUCAAAUUUCCGUCCAAAUCACAUUCUUACGCUUUAGUACACCAACUAGCUUCACCAAUUCACUGCCCCACAGCUACAAAUUACAAAGAAUCGGCCUUUAAGGAUUCUGUCAAUCAGGAGCAACUUAAGCAGGGUGCUAAAGCCCCAAUUCUCUCUCCUCAAGUUGUUUUGACGACUCUGCAAAACUGCCCUUCUGAUUUAGUUGCUCUGAGCUUUUUCCUGUGGUGUGCGCGUCAGCCUAAUUACUUUCAUGAUAAUCUUGGAUUUGAUCACAUGGUGGGCGUGACAUCAAAUUUGACUGAUAAAUAUGGGACUGUGAGAGUCAUUAUUGAGGAAUUGGAGAGCAUCGGUUGCUUCACAAAGGCACAGACUUUGUUGCUUUUGAUGAGGAUUUACUGGCGUGGAGCCAUGUACGAUAUGGUAUUACAGGCUUUUAAAGUGAUGUGUAGCUAUGGUUAUGUACCGAAUACUUACGCAAGAAACAUUGUUGUCGAUGUCUUGUUCAAGAUUGGGGAGGUUGACGAAGCCCUCACCUUUUUGGAGGGAACUCAGGCCCCAAAUUUUCUGAGCUUCAACAUUUCAAUCUGUAACUUGUGCAGGCUCGGUGAGGUUGAUAAAGUUAAAGGUGUCUUUAGGCGUAUGUUGUCGAGCGGGUAUUAUAUGAACCAUGAGACCUAUGCGAUGGUGUUGAAUUGUUUCUGCAAAUUCGGGAGGUUGGAGGAGGCAUUGCAGCUGCUUGGAAUGAUGGUGGUUUUGGGUGCACCUGUUUCUGUAAAUGUAUGGAGCAUAUUGAUUGAUGGUUACUGCAGGUCGGGUUCAGUCGAGGUUGCAGCUUAUAUAUUUGAGAAAAUGGUGGCUGUUGGUUGUUCACCAAACAUCGUGACUUGCACAUCAUUGAUCAAAGCCUUUUUAGAAUCUCAAAUGGUUGAAGAAGCAUUUAAGCUCCUUGCCACUCUAAUGUCCAAAGGUUGUUUCCCUGAUCUUGUGCUGUGUAAUGUAUUGAUUGAUCGCCUAUCUAAGAUUGGGCGUUACAAGAGUGCAUUUGAAGUUUACUUUAGUUUGAGAGAUCUAAGUUUAAAGCCGGAUUGUUACACUUAUUCGUCUCUUGUAACUCUAAUGGAUUUGUCUGGGCAGUAUGCUCAUCUACCUUCCAUUACGAGUGGACUUGCAGUGCAACCUGACCUGGUGCUCUGCAAUGGCCUCCUAAGCUAUUUCCGCAAGUCUGGUUAUCCAGAGGGUGCUAUCGAUUUCUAUGAUAUAAUGAUAGACACAGGGUUUAUACCAGACAAAUAUAGUUUUGCGGCAGUGUUGAGUGCGUUGUGCAGGUUGGGUAGGUUGGAUGAUACAGUGAAUGUUUACCAUGGAUUUAUUCACAACUAUCCAGGUAUCGAUGCUCGCAUCCACUCUAUAGUCAUUAACACACUUGCAAAAUCAGGUAGGUUUAAUCAAGCUUUGAGAAUAUUCAGGAAAGCUAGAGAUGAAAAGUUCCCAUUAGAUGCUGUGUCAUACAAUGUUGCCAUUUAUAUACUCAUUAGAGUUGGUCGGAUGGAGGAAGCUAACUCUAUAUUUAACGAAAUGAAGGAGAUGGAGGUAGUGCCAAAUAAGCGGACGUAUAAUUUGAUACUCUCUGGUUUCUGCAAGAAUAGUGAUAUUCAUGCGGUUAAACACAUCCUGAAGGAAAUGAAUGGUGCAAAUAUUGCAAUGGAGUAUCAUGCACUCAGAUUGAUGAAAAAACAAUUUCGUCACUCCUCCGACUCUGUUUUGUCUGACCUCGUUUCGGCAAAUUUGAGGUUGCUUAGAGGGGACGAAGUGGUGUUGCCCAGAGGGGACAGAGUGGUGUUGGUAAAUCAGCAUGCAUCAAAUGAUAAUGUGAAUGUCAGGGACUCUGGAAGAUCGAGCUCUGAUGAGGAACUCGAUGCUAUUGUUUCUGUGUUGGGUUAGUGAAGAAACUUUUCAGAUAAGCUAUUGCCGACCAAUAGCAACGGAGCCCCAGUGUCGACAAAAAGAUUGGAGGUACUCAGAAAGGAAUUGUAAUUAUCAUUGAUCUUGUAUUCAAUUAAUGGAGAAUAGUUCUUAGUCCAUUUUUCCUCUUGCCAUUACCCUUUACUGGCAUCCGCUCAAGCUAAGAUAAAAUGCAAGACGAGGGAAACCGUGUGGUGGUGGUGGUGGAAAAAGACGAGAAUGCAGUGCGGUAAUCAUAAGUAUGAUAAGCAGUGAACAUCAGCAUGUGGUCUAACAAGCUUGCUCUGCACUUUCGAAUCUUGCUUCGGAUGGUUCAGUAGCAAUGCAACCUAUUGAGAGUGUUGAAAUCCACUGGCUUAAAGGAAGUUAUCUGUCUCAAGCUAUGACCAAGUUAGCUUUUACAUCAGAUGUUGUAGCUCAGAAAAUGCGAUGUUUUGAUGUCGCUUCAAGUUAUUGUGGGGUCGCAAGAUGAGGACCAUGAACCCUCGAGUCCAGUGAGCGACCAAGUUGUACGAAUCAAUGGUAUUUUUGCCACCUUUCGAUCAAUCUGCAGACGGGAGAGGGCAUUGUUCUGCGACUUGCUGCUGGCCGUCCGAGGUAUCUACUCCCAUCUUUCUUGUAACAAAGGAGAUGAAAAUAUACAUCAAACUCUAGGAGAAUAAACAGGAGAGAUUUCG